AUUCCUAUUUUACAGUGUUGUAAAUUCUAGAAACACCAUUUUGAUUUCGUUCUCUUUGUCUAGUUGACAAGUAACAAUAAUGAGUACACCGGCAAUCAAAAAACCAAAAAAGGCACCUCCAAGAAGUAAUAGAAAAAAGAAUUUGACAAAGGAACUAUCUCGAGAAGCUUCACGAAUGGGUGCACCUUCUCAAAUGGGUGCUCCGUCAGCCGUUACACCAAUACCCGUACCAGUGUCAGAUCCAACAAAGAAGGGGACGACUAUGAGUACAAUGUCGCAAGUAAAAUCCACAAAAUCCAAAAACCACAAAAAAGAGGAAAAGAAAAAAGGUUCAAAGAAUGAUGAAGCCGAUUCAAAAAAACCUGAUAGCGCAUCAAAAGAUGAUGAGUCCUCGACAAAGAAAGAAAAAGAGCCAAAAAAGUUUUUGAAGAUUGUAGGAGGAAGAGAAAUUAAGCUUCAAGAGCAUCUGAGAAAUCCUGUUCACCUUGGAGAGUUUAAUGCAGUCAAUGAGAAGAACGAGAAGUUUAUUGUCCGCCUGGAGCCAUCUAAUCGUGGAAAAUUGAAGUUUGGUAGUGACGUUGUAGCAGAAGUGGAAAAGUUGUUUGCUGGACAAGAAAAGGUGCCAGUUCUUCGAAAUAUUGAAUUCUGUCAAACGCAACAUUUGAAUUACUGGAUAAUUUCUCCUUUUUCACUGCAAAUUCUGGAAAUUUUGAGGAUUGUGAAAGCUCUCACUGUUCCCUGUGCAUUCAAUGUCGCCCUCCAGACUCUAGAUGCUAUUCAAUAUCUUCAUCAAGCUGGAUUUUUGAAUCGUAACAUAAAGCCUGCUUCAUUUUCUGUCGGAUUGAAUGAAGAAGAAACGAAGAUUUACAUGACCGAUUAUCGUCUUGUUCGUACUCAUAUUGAUCCAUCCACAAAAAAGGUUCGCCCGGCUCGUACAGGUUUGAAGUACGGUGGAACAGCACGUUAUGCAAGUAUUGCUGGAUUGAAAAAGAAGGAUCAGGGAAGAAAAGAUGACGUGGAAGCCUGGAUCUAUAUGAUUUAUGAUCUUAUUGAUCCGGAAAAUGGGCUGAGUUGGAGAAAGUCGCCAAGAUGUAAUAUGAUGAUCAAGGAGAAGGAAAACUUCAAAUAUCAUGUUUUGCCACAUACUUAUGACAAAGUCCCUGAAGAAUUCAAGAAACUCGUCGACCUCGUUCACGGUUAUUCUUAUGAUAGUCUUCCAGAUUAUGCAGCAUUCAAGGAGAUUGUUCAAAAUGUGGGAAAAUCAAAGGGUCAUGAUAUGACAACAUGUGAUUGGGUUGGGAAAAUUACGCCAGUCAAUCAGGAGAUUGCAAUCAAAACAGCAGCUGAAAAAUCAACUGGAAACAAGUGUUCGGGAGAUGAUGAUUUUGAAUUCAAAACAGCACGACCUGUUCGUAAAAUAAUGAAUCCCGAUGACGUCAUCACCAAUGGCCAAUAUGCGUGGAAAGUUGUAAGGCUACUUGGAAGUGGUGGAUUUGGAGAUGUUUACAAGGUGUUUGACGAUAAGGCAAAAGGACCCAAAAAAACUCAUUAUGCACUGAAAACUGAAAGUGAAGGUGGAAAGAAGGCGAUGCUCCGGUUGAAAGUUGAAAUGCAAGUGAUGAUCACAAUUUCGGAUGCACGGAAAAAAUCAAAAGGAGAUGUUAACAGGCAUUUUGUGGAUUUCAUUGAUCGUGGAAAAAGUGAAGAAUUGAAGUGCAAAUACAUUGUUAUGAGUCUUGUUGGUCCUUCUUUAGAUGAUUGCCGAAGAAAGUUUGGAGUCAAUCUUUCGAAUACUUCUACUCCAUACAUCAUUGCUAUUCAGACUUUAGAGUCCAUCCGUGAUCUUCACAAUCUUGGAUAUCUUCAUCGUGACAUAAAGCCAGCCAACUUUGCCGUUGGUGUUGGAGCUAAAGAGUCAACCGUCUUCAUGCUUGAUUUCGGAAUUGGAAGAAGUUAUUUGGAUCCGAAAACCAAACAGCACAGGGCUCCACGUAAAAAAGUUAAGUUCUUGGGAACACUUCGAUAUGCAUCACGAGCCUGUAUGCUAGAAGUAGAUCAAGGACGCAAAGAUGACUUGGAAUGCUGGAUUUAUAUGGUGUUUGAUAUUUUUGAUCCGAAAAAUGGCGUCUCGUGGAAAAAGCAGAGAGAUCGAGUCAAAAUUCGAGAGGCUAAGCAAUUAUUUUUCGAUGGUAAAGCUCAAUACGACUAUGCUCCAAUCAGUUUGAGACCAAUUAUCAUUUACAUCAACAGUCUUCAAUUCCAAACAACUCCCGAAUACGCAAAUCUUGUCAAGACUUUAUAUACAUCGUCAUCUGCUUCUGGUUAUCCAAUUCAUAGUCUUGAUGACGGUGGAUGGGUUGGAAAACUAAAGAAAGAGGCAAAGUCGAAAAUGGAGAAAAAGACUGCACGCUUUGGUGAUAGCUCUUCAGAAUCUGGAAAACAGUCUGGAACUGAUGAAGAUUGAUACAUCUCAACUGAUCUACUCGAUUUUUCUUCUUUUUCUUGAUUGUAAAUAAAGGGUUUUAGUGGA